GUUAUUCAUUCACAUACAAACCGUAGAAGAAAAGUUCAAGUUUAAAAUAGUGGUGUUUAAGCCGUAAAUAGACUACUGUCUAUGUUGUAAGUUGAAGUAUACGAUCUUUGUUUAAAACCGUGACAAUAUUUCAUAACUGCGCGGUUCUAAAUUGUGCGAAACGUGACGUGUUUCGGGUACCGAAGAAGGCUUUAGAGUUCAACGUGCAUGGAAAAGAUGCAUGUCUAAUGAACAGUCAUUGUAUAUACAUACUAUAAAUUAUCCAUGAAAUCUCGGGUAUUUGUUCUGAACUUGUAUAAAUGACUAUUGUAAUAUUUUACUUACGUUAUUCUCCAGUAGUAGACUGUAUAAAAUUGGCGUACCGCAGGGUCCAGUUUUGGCUCCAACUUAAGUUGCAAAUAUAAAUUUUGCUAUUGAAACGUACGUAGGUGCCCGUCUAAAAUACACGUUGAAUCUUUCAUAAAUAAUCUAAAAUUAGUAAUAUAUAAUACACUCAUCCAUAUAUUAUAUAAUCCCAUUCCACACAUGCAUUGAAACAAUGUAAGGUUGUUUAAGUAUAUAGGCUUACUUUUCAAGAUAACUAUUUAAGCUGGUAAUCUAAUAGUGCGUCUGUGUGUGAUAAAUAUAUAAUAUUUUAUAUGAUAACUGUGCCACCACACAUUACCAUGUGAUUAUGGCGUGAGUGUACAUCAAUCUCAAAGAAAAGAAGGACGGUCUGAAUGUUAUCGACGACCGAGUGACAAAAGAAACAUUAUUAUGUAUCAUUAAGUGAGUGCAAGGAACUGCCAAAUACAUUGUAUGCGUAAAUGUACAAUUAAGUGGUAUUGUUUCCAGUAAGAAAAAUGGACGAAGAUCUUAUAGAAACGGCGAUUGGACGAUUUGGAAAAUACCAAACAUGGAUUUUGUUUUUAAUAACGGUGGGGAGGAUUCCAGCAGAAUACCAAUUAAAUAAUGUAGUGUUUAUUAUACCUUAUGUGGAUUACAAGUGCUUAGACAAUAAUGUGACCAAUUACUGUCCAUGUGAAAACCCGGAAUAUGACACAAGUACCAUUGUAAGCUCGGUGACGACAGAAUGGAACCUUAUUUGCAACAGGACAUAUUUGGCAAGUUUAGCACAGUCGAUGCUGCAAGUUGGAAUAUUAGCAGGCAGCUUACUUUAUGGAUAUUUUUCUGACAGAUGUGGUCGAAAAUCAGUUGUAGUGAUAUCAAUAUUCUCGGAAGCAGUAUUCGUUAUAAUCUCUGCAUUUGUGCCAUAUUUCUGGAUGUUUUUGGUCUGCCGCUUCUUGAUUGGUGCAUCUCUUGGUGGAGUGAUGCUGUGUUGCUAUAUACUACUUAUUGAAUUGUGUGGAAAAUCAUUUAGGCCAUACGCAUCAGGCCUUUCAGAACUGCCGUAUAUUCUCUCUUAUUUUGCUCUUCCCGUCAAAGCAUACUUUUUUAGAGACUGGAGGAAUUUGCAGUUGGUAACCGCAGUACCGUGGGUCAUAACUAUUGGGUACUUCUGGUUAAUGCCUGAGUCGCCACGCUGGUUGAUCACAGUGGGACGAAAGAAGGAAGCUAUUGAAACUCUCACCUAUAUUGCUAAAAAAAAUGGUAUGCCAACCAAUAACAUCGAAGGUAUUGUUGAAAAACUGGAAUUAGAAAUCAAGAACCAACACAAGACUGGUAACUUUAUAGAUCUCUUCAGAACACCAAAAGUUAGAGCUUAUACGUUAAUAGCAGCAUUUGUUUGGAUGUUUUGUUCACACACUUUCUUCGGGAUCAAUCAGUACAUAGGACGACUGCAAGGAAAUAUUUAUAUAAACGUCCUCCUGUCAGCAGCGUGCCUUACUCCAGGUUUAAUUAUAGUAGUAUUGACUAACCUUUAUUUGAAACGAAGAAUAAGUGUUAUAUCUAGUUUUGCUACCGCAUCCUUAUCUUUAUUAAUAUUUAUUGUCAUUCCUAGUGAUAUUAGAGUAGCAACAUUAGUAUUUGCUAUAAUAGGUCUGACAGCUGCUUACAUGGCUUUCGUCCAAAUAUAUUUAUAUUCAUCGGAAGUUUUUCCGACUGUUAUUAGAAAUUCAGCGAUUGGUUUUGCCUCGAUGUUUGCUAGAUUUGGAGGUUUUAUUGCGCCUUUUGUAGUAAAUAUUGGUAUAGAGUGGGUGUCUAUUCUUAUAUUUAGUGGUGUAGCCCUCGCUGCCGCAAUACUAUGUUAUUUUCUUCCUGAAACUAAAUCAAUUACUCUGCCCAACACAAUCGAGCAAAGAGAGAAGUCGAACGAAUAUGUGGAUAGUUAGCUAAGUAGUGUUCAGUUUUUAAUUUCGCUUAAGUAUAGUUUGAGAAUAAGUAUUAAGUACCUGUUCGAAUUCUAGUAGAUUCAUAUUUUUUAAAAUAAGUAUAUUUUAUGAAAUAGUUAUAAAAUUGUUUUGGUUGUAUGUUGAUGAACAUCGAUGAGUUCCAUCAUUGUAUAUAAUGUUUUUAAAUAAUAAUUGAACAUUUAAACUAAUCUAAAUUUGUAUAAUGUUCUUAUAAUAAAAUUAAUAAACAUUUUAAGUACUCUUAUUAGGUAGAUAUUCCUUUACUUUUUCUAUCAAGUAUUAUUGUAAGUGCUUAGGUACGUGCAUAGUAUUUUUCUUUAACAGGGUCAAUAUCAAUUUUUGUGUUUUAUUUCUGCUUACCACAAUACAUAUUAUGUAUGACAUGUAACCUAUCGUAUUAAUUAAAUUACACAGCAAGUU